CUCAGUACUCAGCACUUCCCUUUACCAAGCAAGAUGAAGGGCCGAUUCAUCAUCAACCCGUUCCAAGAACUCAACCUUACUGCAGCCGACCGUACCAGUCUCGAAGACCUGGCCAACCAAUGCAUCACGUCCAACCUUCAACUCUGUACGAAGUACAUGUCAGGUACAACUCGUCGAGUUGAUCCGCAGCACUGGAAGCCGCUUAAGGAGAAGGAAAAGCUCAAAGUGUACACGGAACGUCCCGAGGGAGCAGCAGCAGCCGCUGCUUCGGGUAACGAGCCUGCCGGGUCAGGUCUCCCCAUGAUCCUGUGUGUUGGAACCAUGGAAGGCAAGCUGGAGGACUUUCUGUACGGAGUUAUCAGUGAAGACCUCGAGACGAUGCGCAUGAAGGCUUCAUACGUCGAGGAUUUCAGCGGCGCGGCUGUACUAGAUGCCGUGGUGCUUCCUACUCUCGAGGACCCGUUCCAGUCCUUGGUGAUCAAGUGGAUGGAGCUGGACAUCCCGUUCCACUCGACCAGUUUGGUCAAGAACCGCGACUACGUCUACCUCGAAGGCACGGGAUAUGUCACCAACUCGAAGGGCGAAAGACUGGGCUAUCACUUGCUACACUCAGUAAAUUUCCCGCAGACGCACGCUCUUCCGGGCCGUGUACGUGGCAACCUGUCUAUCACCGGCUUCUGGCGACAAAUUGGACCCAACACGAUGGAAAUGUACGCUACCGGCGUCAUGGAUCCGGCUGAUGCGGGCUUGAUCCGAAAGCUCGUGGUGCCCAACAUGGCCAACGUGUUCCUCUCCACGUUAAAGUACGCGUACUGUGGACAGAUGCGCAAGCUGUCGUUCAUGUUGGAGAAAGCUUACACUGACUCUAAGCUGCAUGGUGCGCCUAACAAGAAGAGCAUCUGUGUUACCUGCUCGUCGCCGAUCACUAGCCGUAAGUUGGGAGACUUUGGCAAGAGUAACAGCUCGUGCAAGAUCUGCUUCGGCUUCGUGUGCCAUGCGUGCAAGAUCUCUAGGAAGCUGAGCUUCGUGGACCCAGAUUUGCUGCUGUCUCAGAGAAAGGUGACGUUCUGUACGGCGUGCAUCAGCUCGGCCACAAGUGUGAGCGCAGUGGACGUCGCUCGCGCUAUGAUGCUAAAGCAUCAGAAGGUGAACCACUCCAGCGUCGAGAGAACGCUGUCAUCUGACGACAAUAGUGGAGAGUACUCCUAUGCGAGUGCUCAGUAGAUACACAUGAGUCUACCCUGUUUAAGGUUUUGUUAAAGUGUAUGUGAAAAUGGAAGAGUACUCGUUUCUCCAUAAUUUUUUAAGCAGCAUGGAUAAGAACGUCAGGAUUAGAGGUAGUCUUGAAACGGUUGAGGACAAAGUGAGCUAAUCAUAUCCGGUUGUUGAAGCU